AUGCCAUAUACAAUAACGACAGCUCUUUCGUUCGCCCUCUUUCGCACCUAUGGUAUUCCUACCAUUGCUCGUUUACUUGCUCAAACGAAUCAAUUGGUUCACUUGGAUACAGCUGGUCGCCGGGCUGAAGAUACUGGAGUGAUACUUGGUGAAUUUUUUUAUCAUGAACUUGACUCUGAUCGGGGUCGGAUGGGUUUAGCACGUAUGAAUUAUUUACAUGGUUUAUACGGCAAUCGUAUAAGUAACGAUGAUAUGCUGUACACAUUGAGUUUAUUCAUACUAGAACCCAUUCGAUGGAUUAAAAAAUACGAAUGGCGGUCCUUAGUUCCCAUUGAAGAAGAAGCUCGAUUCGUUUACUAUAAAGAAAUUGGAAUACGGAUGGGUAUCACAAGUAUCCCAUCAACUUUGAUAGAAUUAGAAAAUUGGACAAAUAGUUAUGAAGAAAAGCAUAUGAUCUUUUCAAAAGAUAAUCAAAUAUGUGGAGAAGCAACAUUACAACUAAUGAUUUUACUAUUUCCAAAAUCUAUGAGUCGUAUCGUUCGCAAAGCAUAUUUAUCCUUCGUUGACGAGCGACUUCGCUUGGCAAUGGGUUUCGAACAAGCACCUGACCGGAUGAAAUACUUUAUAAAUCUUGUCAUGAAUAUUCGAGCUUUGCUUUUACGACACUGUAUGCUGCCACGUAUUUAUCCGUCUGAUUUCGGUCAGGGUCCAUCGUCAUGUCCUUUGAAUGAGUAUGGAAGAUAUCAACGAACAAAAUAUGUUUUUGAGCCGUGGUAUGUGAAAGAAACGUGGUGGAAUCAAUUAUUUUCGUCGAAUGACCACAAGCCAGGUCCAAAAUAUCGAAGUCAUGGCUUCAAAAUCGAAGAAGUUGGACCGGAAAAUUUUCUUGGUAAAGGUGUCGAAAUUAUGGAAAAGGAUGUCGAGAAAAUGAAAAACAGAACAAUAGAAUCAACCGAAAAUUCAUCGUAA